AUGUCUUUGUCGUCGUCGCACCAGAUCAACAGGCUUCACGCCCGGCUCAUCAUGAAGUUCCUAUCCCUUGUUGCCGCGGUCCUUCCGCUGGUGUCUGCUCUCACCAUUCCUGAGCAGAGCAUCACCACUCCCGCCAACGACCCCUCGUCUGUACCCCCGUCUGGCCUUGAAUUGGCCGAGGACGCGUCUGCUCUCACUGUUCCGGAGAAGCGCAUCACCACUCCUGCCAAUGAUCCCUUCUAUGUGCCCCCCUCUGGCUUCGAGUCGGCCAAGCCCGGUACUGUGCUGCGUGAGCGCCCCAUCGUGGCUUCGUUUUUCGGUCUCAUCCCCGCUCCCAUUGAUUCUCGUCAGCUGCUCUAUCGCACCACGGCCAUUGACGGCUCUGCCAUUGCCACCGUCGUCACCAUCUUCAAGCCGCUCUUUGCCAAGCGCGACCGCUUCAUCUCCUUCAACACGGCCUACGACUCGUCGGCUUCCAUCUGCAACCCCAGCUACAACUACCGCUUGGGUGCACUCCAAACAGACGUCAUCUCGUCGGCCGAGUUUCUCAUCAUUCAAGCCUACCUGCUCUCUGGCUACACCGUCGCUUCCGCCGACUACGAGGGUCCUGACGUGGCCUUUUCCGUCGGCCGUCUCUCGGGCAUGGGCGUUCUUGACGGCAUUCGCGCCGUAGUCAACUAUGGCCCCAAAAUUGGCCUCGACAAGAACCCCAUGGUUGUCAAUGCUGGUUACUCUGGCGGUGCCAUUGCUAGCGGUUGGGCGGCUUCCCUCCAUCCCACCUACGCUCCCGACCUAAACCUCAAGGGCUUCAUCGCCGGCGGUACACCUGCAAACCUUACCGAGGUUCUUCUUUACGUCGAUGGCACCUUAUUCGCGGGUUUCGUCCCAGGUGCCCUUGCAGGCCAAAUUAUGCCCUCUGCCUACGGUGCACGCCUCAAGCCCGUCCUGGACAAGGUCAUCGGUCCCCGCGGCAAAGAAGCUCUGGCUCUCGGAACCAGCCAGUGCGCGCCGGUCAAUCUCAUUGCCUUUGCGGGCAAGUCCAUCUUCGACACUAGCUUCCAGACCCUCGGCAAGGACCUACUCUACGAUAAGGAUGUUGCGUGGGUCCUCGCCGAGAGCACCCUGGGUCUCAAGAAGAACGAAACGCCCACGGUACCCGUCAUGCUCUAUCACUCUCCAGACGAUGAGGUUAUCCCUUUUGCUGGCGCUGAUGGCCUCCGCAAGCGCUGGUGCGACAACGGUGCCAAUGUGCGCUUUGUCAACUACGCUGCCGGCGGCCACGUCACCGCCGAGGUGGUUGCUGUGAUUGAUGCCAUCAAAUUUGCCGGCGAUGCCUUUAGCGGCUCCGUCCCUGGUGGCUGUGCCAGCAGGACGGUUCUCGACGACAAGCUGAACCCACUGGCUCUUGGCCUCUCUCUCGAACCCGUCCUUGCCGGGCUUGUGAAUAUUCUGCUGACGUUGGGUAAGAAGGAUGCCAAUUUCGUCAGUGGCCUGUCUCAGGGCAAGCAUAUAUAA